AUGAAGUGUUUUGCAAGACUCCUGUCUCUGGCCUUUGCCCUCAUGGUUGCGGCCGAGCAGUUCACCAACCCUGUGAUCUGGGAAGACCUGGCGGACGUGGACAUCUUCCGAGUCGACAAUGUCUUCUAUCUCUCCGCGUCGACGAUGCACUAUUCGCCCGGGGCACCGGUGCUCCAGUCGUAUGAUCUGGUGAACUGGCAGUUCAUCGGACAUUCCGUCCCCGUCCUUGACUGGUCGUCCAAAUAUGACCUGACGAACGGCCAGCGGGCGUAUGUCAAGGGCAUUUGGGCGUCAUUUUUGAAUUAUCGCCCGAGCACCAAAACCUUCUACUGGGGUGGUUGCAUCGAGUUCGGCACCACCUACAUCUACACGGCGCCCGCUGCCGCCGGGCCGUGGACUAAGCGAUCGUCCAUUCCGAAAUGCUACUACGACGCAGGCCUUCUCGUUGACCCGGACACGGACACCAUGUACGUUGCAUACGGAAACACCGAGAUCAGCGUCGCCCAGCUCUCGGCCGACGGGCUGAGCGAGGUGAGGUCCCAGGUCGUGUUCACCUCCCCAUCGUCCAUCGGGACUAUCGAGGGGUCUCGCUUCUACAAGAUCAACGGCAAGUAUUAUAUCUUUGUCACGCACCCUGCCAACGGCCAGUAUGUGCUGCAGGCCAGCAGCCCGUGGGGUCCGUACACGGCGAAACAACUGCUGCUAAACAUGCCCACUCCCAUCAGCGGUGGCGGUGUGCCACACCAAGGAGGUAUGGUCCAAACCCAGAACGGCGCAUGGUACUAUAUGGCGUUUGUCGACGCCUACCCUGGAGGCCGGGUGCCGGUCCUUGCCCCUAUUACUUGGGGAUCGGACGGAUUCCCAGUGAUCACCACCGUGAACGGCGGCUGGGGCUCCAGCUACGAUUAUCCCCUACCAAAGCGGGUCUUGGAACCGGCGAGCGUCCAGGACAACUUCAGCGGAACCUCUUUGGGCCCGCAGUGGGAGUGGAAUCAUAACCCCGACAAAUCCAAAUUCACCGUCAACAACGGACUGCAGCUCCAGACGGCUACGCAAACGUGGGAUUUGUACUCGGCUCGCAACACGCUCACCCAUCGCAUCCUCGGCCCUAAAUCCACUGCAACUAUCGUGAUGGAUUACUCCCAAAUGAAGCCUGGAGACAGGGCGGGUCUUGCGCUUCUCCGCGACCAGUCCGCAUGGAUCGGCAUCAAGAAUGACGGAGGGACGUUCCGCGUGUGUAUGAUUACCGGUCUGACGAUGAAUUCCGACUGGACCACGGCAAAUACAGGGUAUGAAGUGGCCGGGCUGACAGUGACGGGGGGUAAGAUUUGGCUUCGUGCGACAGCAGAUAUUCAUCCAGGAAGCGGCAAGCAGGGCACGUUUUCAUACAGCACAGACGGAUCGACCUUUAAGUCCUUGGGAAAUGCUCUAGUGCUCAACAACGCGUGGCAGUUCUUCAUGGGUUAUCGGUAUGCAAUCUUCAAUUAUGCAACUACCUCACUUGGGGGCUCGGUCAAAGUGAGCCAGUUCAACAUGAAUUUAGCUUGA